AUGAUCGUAACGCAAGUGAAAAGCCUCUGCUUCUCGGAGACGAAGUUUCGCUUUCAACUCAGAAAAAAUUCUUCUGGCAGUAUUUCUAUCAUUCCGCGAUGCCACGAAGAAGGGCACUUUUAUUCAAUCGAACAGGGAGGCAUCAGUAGCUCGACGAAAGCGAUCAUCAUCGUCUUUACCUCAAUCUUUGGGAUUCUAUUGAUCUUGAUUUUGCUGAUCUCGGAUCGUUUCAGCCAAUUUACGCCUAACGCCGCUAGAAUUAUUCAAGCGUUCGUUAGGGAAGGAAUAAAUGAGAGGGACAAAAACGGUCCAAAAUUCUUCGACUUUCCUCGAUCUGGCAAAAAAGCGGACUGGACAAAACUCGGAGAUGGAAAUUUUGGAGAAGUCACGCUCAUCGACAUGAGUAAAAAGCGAAGUCCUUAUAUUCUUUCUCGAGUUCAACGAAUGGGCCUGUUAGAAACCGACUAUGUUGGAAAGGUGGCUGCAAAAGUCUGCAAACUUGGAGAUACGAGCUCAGAAAAGGCGAGACAGUAUGGGAAGUUUUUGGAAGAAGCGGCUACUGUUGCCAAGUUCAAUCAUGAAAAAAUCGUGAAACUCAGAGGAUUUAUGCUCGACGAUGACAAUGUUGCAAUUUACAUCUGCUUCGAACUGAUGAGCUGUGAGCUGAUAGACUACGUUAGAAACAACCAGGACCUUCCUGAGCAAGUUUUGCUGCGAUUUGCGAAGGAUAUUACUGAGGCCUGCAUCUAUCUUUCCAAAAUCAACUUUGUCCAUCGAGACAUCGCUGCCCGGAACUGCCUCGUCUCGGAGAACGAUCAGAUCUGCAAACUCGCAGAUUUCGGAAUGGCUCAUCAAAUGGAAAUGCACCCUGAGACUGGAAAAUACAUCUUCGAAUCUGACAACAGAGGCGAAGCCCUUCCAAUGGCCUGGACUGCUCCUGAGGCGAGCUUGAGCAAACAUCCGAGGAUCUAUAAUGAGAAGACGGAUGUCUGGAGCUUUGGCGUAACUCUUUGGGAAAUGUUCUCGAGGGGUGCCUGUCCGAGAAGUACUUAUAUGGACCGAUACGGGUCUCAAUUCAUGCCAGAUUUCUUCGCAGUCAAUGCAGCGUACAUCUCACAAAUCGCUCAUCACCGAGCUGCUGGAAAUUUCAAUCAAAUGAGGGCAGUGCAGAAACAACGAAUGUAUCUCAUAAGCGACUUUUGGACAUGGCUCCUCAAUACUGAAUCAACAAACUUUCUUCCGCAGCGCAACAUAACAAGAAACCUCCCGAAUCGACCUCUACCAGCAAUUACAAUCGAAUCCGACGAAAUCUAUCAAAUCAUGGUCAACUGCUGGUCACAUGACCCUAGCCAGAGAUUUUCUUUCAAAAGAAUCGAGCAAGAACUUUCUUUUCAACUUUACGAUCAUUCUUCUUAUUAA